AUGGAAUACACUUUGACGAAGACGUCGAUUCGGACAUGUCCAGUGACAUGGAGCUCAACUAGUGAUACUUCUAUUUAUGUACUUUGGGAUCCUUGUUUAAUAGAGUGGUCGUUGAGAUGGCUUUGGUGUUUUGGUGGAGUUCCUAGUGUUGGAGUUGAUGUUGAAGCCGAUGAACUUGGCCUAGUAUUUCCAUCUUCCGAGGAAGAAUGGCGCGGGGUUGCAAAGGAGUUCGAAUGUUUGUGGCAAUUUCCCAAUUGCGUGGGUGCGAUCGAUGGAAAACACAUACAAAUAAAAAAACCUAGAAACAGUGGUUCAUAUUAUUAUAAUUAUAAAGGAAACUUUAGUGUUGUGCUAAUGGCAAUUGCAAAUGCAAAAUACGAAUUUAUAAUGGUUCAUUGUGGGACCAAUGGUAGGGUAUCAGAUGGUGGAGUUUUGAGUGAAACCAAGUUUUAUGAAAAGCUUAUAAAUAAAAAAUUAUGUAUGCCCGAUCCGACAGAACCCCAUGCAACCAAUGUGAUGUUACCAUAUACAUUUGUUGGAGAUCAGGCUUUUCCAUUAACUGAAAAUUUAAUGAAACCAUAUCCAGACAAAAAUUUAACAAGAGAACAAAAAAUGUUUAACUACCGACUCAGUAGAGCACGCAGAGUAUCAGAAAAUGCAUUUGGUAUUAUGGCCUCACGAUUUAGAAUUUUUCACACAAUAAUUAGCAUAAAUUUCAAGGUUGUGUUCUAUCGGAAAAUAGUAGCUGUAUACUCAUGA